AUGGAGUUUUCGAACACCCGACCGCAUCCCUCUGUGUUGAAACAUUCCGCUGUCAAACGAGUAGGAAAAAAGAAAUCGACGGCGACGCAUUCUACAGACAGAAGAACUUCUCUUGGAUCGAAAUCAAACAGGAAUCCAAACUUCAAUCAAGGAAAAGAGAAGUCCACCAGAAGAAGCUACCAAAGAACUUAUCGUCCGGUACUGCGACCUACAAAAUUACGCACUCGUUUUAAUGUGAAAUCCAAAAGUUACCGAAGCUUCAAACAAGAAAAACAAGCAGAAACAGCAACUAUAACCUCUGUAAAGCCUACAAUCAUCAGCGCUCUCACAACGCUGCUGGACCCACAAAGGCCUGAAAGAACAGCCUUUUCAACAAUUCAGACCCCUCUGAAUCCUACUGAAAAAAGCACUUAUUUUACAUUGAAAUCAUCGACCAACCCAAGCUUCAUUCAAGAAGCAACAACGACCUCGAAGCGUCUAACAGACACUAGUACUCAUCGGCUGACUUAUUCGUCUUUGAAAUCAACUCAGGCAAGCUUCACAGCAAGAACAAGCACUGCGACCUCUUUGAAUCCUACAGACAUUAGCACGCAUUUUAAGUUGAAAUCACAAAAUAACCCAAGCUUUAACCGAAAGCCAACAACGAACUCGAAGCAUCUAACAGAUAUCAGCAAGCAUCGGCUGAUUUAUACUCAUUCAGAAUCUUUGAAAUCGCAAACUCAACUGAGCUCCACAGCAAGUUCAGCAAGGAAUCCUACCUCUUUGGACACUGUAAGCAAAAACACUUAUGCUGAUUUGAAAACAAAUAAAAAUUAUCCAAGCUUAUCUGAUCUACCAGGGAAAAGAAUUCCAACGACAGAAGCUACAGGCCCCCGUGUUGUAUUAAUUUACACGGCAUUUUUUGGGUCCAACCCAUGGAAAGGCUUGGAAAAUUCGCAAAGUUGGACACAUUUUAAAGGAAAACCUUGUCCCGUCCAAAACUGCGUUGUAAGUUACAAAACAGAAGAGUUUUCUUCAAGCAACGUGGUGAUAUUCCACGGUAGAGAUAUGCCAAAUGUAAAUACGCUUCGCGAGCUACACAACAAAAGACCCCCUAAACAAGCCUGGGUCUAUUUUAUCCUCGAAAGCCCUGCCCACAGCCCUGAUGCUAGGCAAUACGGUGGAUUAUUUAACUGGACAAUGACUUAUCGUAGGGAUUCGGAUGUUUAUUUCCCAUAUGGAUUCUUUAAACCUCUACAAGCUGACGAUGAGAAGCCACAAGCAUCUAGAGAUUACUCUCUUGGGAAAGACAAGUUGGUUGUGUGGACAGUUAGUAACUGCGCAGGGAAACGGUUCUCUUACGUCAAUAAACUAAAGCAGUUUGUACAGGUGGAUAUUUUUGGUAGAUGUGGCGGGGGAGGUUGUGCUAGAAAUUCAGGUGAUUGCUCCAGGAUUCUUCAAUCCUACAAGUUUCAGCUUGCUUUUGAAAACACCGAGUGUCUGGAUUAUGUGACAGAGAAGUACUGGGGCUCCCCCCUAGAAAAUGGUAUUGUUCCUAUUGUAAUGGGGGGAGCUGACUACAAGAAAAUUGCUAUUCCAGGGUCUUAUAUCAAUGUAUUGGACUUCCCUUCUGUUAAAGCACUUGCUGACUAUUUAUUGUACCUGGACAAGAACAGCACUGCAUAUAAUGAGUACUUUAGCUGGAAGGGAAAGUACAAGUUGGGUGGUGUUCUCCAGAAUGGUUUAGAUGGAAACUAUCAUUGGAUGUGUGACCUCUGUGCACUUGCAAACAAUGCAAGUGUUAGAAACAACGUUUAUGAACAUCUGGAACAAUUCUGGUCCAAGGAACAAUGUAAUUUGUUUUCUGAAGAAUUUAAUACAAUUAUUUCUCGCUAA